AUGGUGGAGAGGGGCCUGGGGCUGGAAGGGUCCCUGCUGGGAGCCUUGGAGACAGGGCCAGCGAAGGGCCUGCAGGAACGAGCGCCUCCUGCUGAGCGCACCCCAGACCCUGACGCCCCGGGCUCCUGCUUGUAGGUUGCAGCCUAUCGGGAAGCUGACCGGCCACAUCGGGCCUGUGAUGUGUCUCACUGUGAACCAGACCGCGAGCAAUUCAAAUCCUCGGCUGCUGCUUGAUGAGAAAUCGAGCGGAGCUUAAAAAUUCCAGCUCUCAGCCACGGUACAGAUGUGGGGGGUUUGUCUCAGCCCAUUACAGAGCCAGCAGCCAGCUGCAAACCCAGCAUCUGGCUCUGGCUGCUGGCCUGACCCUGCCCUGGAGCUCAGGGGGCAGUUUGGGUCUUGAUGGCCCCGGCUGGCAGCGUGGAUCGUGGGCGCUCACUGGCUCUGCCCUGUCUCUGUGCCUGCCAGCAAAUCCCCAACGCGCACAAGGACUGGGUCUGCGCCCUGGCCUUCGUCCCCGGCCGCCCCAUGCUGCUGAGCGCCUGCCGCGGGGGUGUGGUGAAGGUCUGGAACGUGGAGAACUUCACACCCGUUGGGGAGAUCAAGGGCCACGAUAGCCCCAUCAAUGCCAUUUGCACCAAUUCCAAGCACAUAUUCACUGCUUCCAGCGACCUGACGGUGAAGCUCUGGAGCCGGAGAAGAUUGCUGAACGGCCCGACCUAGGCACUGGAAAGACCGGAGCCAGGGGGACUGUCAGGCUCCCUGGUGGGCCCAGGCCCCAGCCCCUCUCCCUGGCUGUGAAGAGCUGCGAGCGGCCUGGCCUGUGUGUGCUCCAGUUUCCAGGACUCUGGGGUGACGGCGUCUCAGCUGGGGCUUUGUGAACUGCCAGCUCCCACAGCUAGGGGGCGUCGUUCCCGUCCAGCCCCACGCUGGGUUUCCAUGAUGCAUAGGGUUUUCUGCUGACCGGGGUGUGGCCAGGCAGUGCUUCGGUACAUGGCCUUGCCAGCCACGGGGAGGAUCCCGAGCUGAGAGACUCAACGGAAUCAUUCCAGUCUGUCCCGCAGCCCGUUCAGCAGCCCCAGAGCCUGGAUGUGCGAGAGGGAUCCUGCCACCUGCAUCCUGCUGCUGGCCUCUGCACCUCUUGGGUGCCUGGGGUCUCAUUCCUUCUGCAAGCGGCUGCAGGCCCCUCUCCACACUUCGUCGUUCAGCAGAGCUGGGAUCUGCCGUUCGGUACCAAAAUACGGAGAGGGUUGGUGUGCUGCCGACCCCAGCCUGGCACCAGCAGGGUGCAUGGAGCACCGCUGGGGAAUGACACGCUCCCAAAGACGGCUUCCGAACCCCGGCACUGCACUGGGGCUCCUUGCAAGGGGCUCCGGCAGUCGCUCCAUUGCUGGGUCUCCUGACCAAAUCCGCAUGCGGCCUGGCAAUUGUCGACCUCUGCAUCUGACCCACCUCGUUCGGAGCCAGGACGCCCCCCCCUUCUGCCCCGGGGGUGGAGAGAAGGAAGCUGGCACCUGGGGAAAAUCCCUGUGGGCGUCUCCAAGGAAAAGCGGAAUUUCUGGAUCUGUUCACUCUAGGUACCCCCUGAUCUGACUGAGCCUUAAUUCCGCACUGGUCUGUUCACUUUUCCCUGUGGUCCCCUCACUGCCCAUUUGGACACCCGGCUUGGUGCCAUCUCUGCUGUGCGUGGGACUAGCUCAUUCCCAGCUGCUGCGGGAAGGGAUCGAAGCUUUUAUAGUGGGGUUUUAAAGAAUGUUUUAAGCACCCUUGAGAACAGAUUGGGACCUGGGGAUUUUUAAUAGCCGUGAAAGGCUUUAAUGCUGGGAAAAGGGCUAAGCUCUCCGCACCAUCUCACAGGAGGGGUUUAGGUUUGCUUGGGGCAGUUCCCUGCCUGCAGGCCUGUGGGGCCUGGCUCGGGAGAGGUCUGGGAUUAGAAUAGUGGAAGGGCGGGCAGGGGGUGGUUAUAUGGUCA